AUGUUGAUUUGGGGGCAAUUCGUCGACGAGUUGCUUCGUCGAUUCGAUAAUCAAGAGGAGCUGAAUGUCGUGGCGUCUUUCAAUCAUCUUCGCCAGACGAAUUCCGUUUCUCGCUAUCCAGAGGAUUUUGAGGACUUGCGCUCACAUAUGCUUCGCCUUAACCCGGCGCUUAACGAGCAAUACUUCAUCCUCAUCUUCUUGGGGGGCCUUGAUGAUGAAAUCCACCCUUGCAUACAGGUGCUUAAUCCUCCUACUUUGGCAUGUGCCUUCUAUCAGGCUCGACUAGAGGAGGCCGCCAUUGAAGCUUGCAAGCGGAAGACUCAUAAGACGUCUUCUUAUCGCUGGUCGGUUGCUGCUUCACCGGUUUCGACAAAGGCUUCACCAUCACCUCCUUCUUUUCCCUCCACCGAUCGACCUUCCGUUCAUCGCGGGCAGAGCCUUUCCUACAAAUACGGCGACAAGUACUUCCACGGUCAUAUAUGUGCUGGAAAGAAGAAGCAACAGGUUAUGCAUGCUGAGGAAUCUCCAUCGCCAAAUGAAGCAGAAGAUGGUGAAGAAGACUUCCACGACGCUGAGCUUGAGGUUUCUCUGCAGCCUAUGGGUUCAGAAUUUCGGGUAAUUCACCUUAUACUAGCUAUAGCGAGGCACAAGGAGGUAACUAUUCUUAUUGAUACAUGA